GUUGUUUGCGUGAAGAUGGGGGGGAAGAAAGGCGAAGAAAGAAAUCGCGCCACAUUGAGUAAUAAUGGAGUACCGUGGCAAGGGAAAUUAAAAUUGCCGAAAGGUCGUGGAUAGGCUGUGUUGUUUUAAUUAAACAACGCAAAGGGGGCCAAUUAUUUGGCUUCGUGCUUUGUUAAGCGCGCAGCCGUUUACCCGCAUCCCGAGGGAACAAAAGAAAGAAAAGAUCAAGUAUGGGGGUGACGUUUGGCGCCUUCUAAACACCCAGACGUUUAAUGUGCGCCGUAAUAAUAACACUUCUGUUAGGACGUUCUGCUUUAUCGUUUAUGUCGAGGAGCUUGUGACGAAAAAAAAUGUCAGUGUCAGAAAUGCAAUGAAAGCUUUCAAACAACGGCCGUGUGAUUCGAUGAACUUCUAGAAAAGUGUAAUUGUGGAGGGGCUUUGAAACCCCUAAGCUUUUACCAAAAACGUCGCAACUGGAUCAUUCAGUACAGUCCAACAUAUGGGGAAUAACUCGUUUUUUGCCGUAUGCGUUAUGGGUGCUUGAAAACCCUCGUGAUUAUUUCAUUGACGAUUUGAUGAUAUUCCAGCACAACAUCCGCUUGUGCAUUGUAUACAAAACAAGGAGUUGUGGUUACUGUCCUCUAAGUUUUUAGUUGUAAACUUAAAACGUGAAUGUAUCCAAAAUUAGAAUUGCUACUUCGAUUUUAAAGCAAUCCAAGUGCAUCUGUUUUCACUUCAGGGCAAAUCGGUGAAAUAAUGUCUAGCUGGAGAUUUUCUUCAGACGUACUUUCACUUUAAAUGCUUAAAAUUUUAAACGUCUCUCCGUGAAAUAAUUCAGCUUGAAGCAAUAUGUUUGUGGUGUUCUUGCCCAACGUAUGGAAAAGAAAACGUGUGUGCUUUACAUAUAAAUAUUUACAUAUAAAUAUUAGCAUUUAAAUAUUUUUUGAAUUGUUUCUUAUACAAACGAAUUAAGUAUUUAAUUUUUAUACAGUGUCAGGGUGUGGCAAAUUGGUUUUAAAUAAGUAAUACUUGUUUAAAUUAGGGGGGGUGUUUCUUUCGUGUGCUGUCAUAAUUGUGUUCGGCGGUCUUGAUGGGGAUGGUCUAGAAUGGUAUACUACGUUGCGAUUGGCUGAUAGGAGAAGCCCAGCCUCUGCUGAGCUCUAUUAAACCGCUUUGCUGCCUGUAUUGGAUUAAUGGAGGAUUGUUAAUUGGAGAAGAGGAAAUUACCUUGCGUCGUGUCGCCUAGGCUAAUUUGUUUAAAUAAGGCGUACUUUAUAUUAACGGACGGCGUUUAUUUUUCAUUUAGUGCUUUUUUUAUAUAUAUUUAUACAAAUUAAUUACUCGCGCAGUGCACGUUAUUCAUCUGAUUGCAUUUCUUUGCUUAACGAAGUCGCAGUUGGAGAUUCACAGGAAGAGGCCUGAGAGCGCGCGCGCGCCCAUCCCGCCCGGCGAACUCGGAAUCCACGCGGCCGCGUGAAGACAGCGUGACCAGCGAUUAGUUAUCCUCUUCGGACUGGUUUUGACAGUCGGAAAUUUUUCGGAGUAAUUGGAUGAAGUACAUUUCAUCUCCAGUGUGUGCUGCACAAUGGAUAUCUCCAUCUGCCUAAAGCCCAAGAGCCAAACGAACAUUGAAAAAACUAGUAUACACAGUGGAUAGCAGUGAGCCCCCUCUCCUUUCCCCCCAUGUGUAUUUAAAUUGCCAUUCAAUUUUAAAUACAUAUCUCUUUGAAAGUUUACAUAUUUAAUUUUUUAUAUAGAAAACAAAAUAUUUAUUUUGAAUCCCAACUUCAUACCUCAUUUUUCUUUAUUUUUAUAGUUUAUUUUUUUAAAAGCUAAAUUAAUAGUGAUCCACUAAGAUUGUGAAAAUGGAAAGUACUACAGCGUUUGUCAGUGUAGUGACCAGUUCUUUUGCAGCUGUUGCUGAGGGAACCCUCUCGAGUUAUCUUUGGCUGAUAAUUGUUGGUUUCAUCAUUGCUUUUGUCCUUGCUUUUUCUGUUGGGGCUAAUGAUGUUGCAAAUUCAUUUGGCACUGCGGUGGGCUCUGGAGUGGUAACUCUGCGACAGGCUUGCAUUUUGGCAACAAUUUUUGAAACCCUCGGCUCUGUGAUGCUGGGCGCUAAAGUGAGUGAAACAAUCCGGAAAGGCAUUAUUGACGUUACCAUGUACAACGAGACUCAACACAUUCUCAUGGCUGGCUCUGUCAGUGCUAUGUUUGGUUCAGCAGUUUGGCAGCUUAUGGCUUCUUUCUUGAAGCUUCCCAUUUCUGGAACCCAUUGCAUUGUAGGAGCAACUAUUGGUUUCUCUUUAGUGGCCAAAGGACAGCAGGGUGUGAAAUGGCUAGAGCUACUUAAAAUUGUUGGCUCUUGGUUCAUUUCUCCACUUCUGUCUGGAAUAAUGUCUGCUGUCCUGUUUUUCUUUGUUCAAAGGUUUAUUUUGCGUAAGGCGGAUCCCAUUCCCAAUGGUCUUAGAGCUCUUCCUGUCUUCUAUGCCUGCACUAUUGGUGUGAAUCUCUUUUCCAUUAUGUAUACUGGUGCCCCAUUGUUGGGUUAUGAAAAGAAUCCUUUGUGGGGCAUUGUGCUGAUCACUGUAGCUUGUUCCUUUAUUACUGGCCUUAUCGUCUGGUUUAUUGUCUGCCCUCGACUGAAAAGAAAAAUUGACCGAGAAAUGAAAUCCAGUCCAUCUGAAAGUCCUCUAAUGGAGAAAAAGAAUUCUAUGCAUUGUCCAAUAUUGAAAGAGAAAGUUAAGGAUCCUCUUGCCAACUGUGUGUCUGCUGAAGCUAAGCUCCCAAUACCAGAUAUUCAAUGUCCUACUAAUCACUCAAAACAAGCAUCUGAAGAGCGCUCUGUUACUUUUAAUAUUGGACAUCUGGAUUCUGAUGAGAAGGAUACCAACCAGUGUAUUGAUGAGAAAGGUGCCAAUCUUGAUUCUUUGGGUAAUGGGACCAUGAACAGUGGACAUGUGCAAUUUAGUAAUGUCACCAGCCACAUUCCUAGCAAUGGCUACAGUCAGUAUCACACAGUGCACAAGGAUUCUGGCCUUUACAAAGAUCUGUUACAUAAACUUCACUUGGCAAAAGUCGGAGAUUGUAUGGGAGAGUCCGGAGAUCGACCCAUGAGGCGAAACAACAGCUACACUUCAUACACUAUGGCCAUCUGUGGCAUGCCUCUGGAUCACUUCAAAUCUAAGGAGGGUGAUGGAAAGACAAGUGCUGGUGAAGAAGGAGAUAAGGACAAGGCUGGGUUUCAUGGUUCAGAUCACAGUAAGAAGAGAGUUCGCAUGGACAGUUAUACCAGCUACUGCAAUGCAGUUGCAGAGUCAAAUAUAACUCCAGAGCUCCAUGAAAAUGAAGUGACAGUAGAAAUGGGCAUGGGUGAUCGGAAAAGUAGUGAUGGGUCCAUUGAAGAUUGCUGUGAGAAGGACAAACCCGAAGUGUCGCUGCUCUUCCAGUUUCUUCAGAUUCUGACAGCUUGCUUUGGAUCCUUUGCGCAUGGUGGCAACGAUGUUAGCAAUGCUAUUGGCCCAUUGGUUGCUUUGUGGUUGAUCUAUGAAACUGGAAUGGUUGCUUCCAAAGCCCCUACUCCUAUCUGGCUGCUACUUUAUGGUGGUGUGGGUAUCUGUGCUGGCCUCUGGGUUUGGGGGAGAAGAGUAAUCCAAACCAUGGGAAAAGACCUUACACCAAUCACUCCUUCCAGUGGUUUCAGUAUUGAACUGGCAUCUGCUUUGACCGUAGUAAUUGCAUCAAACAUUGGUCUUCCCAUCAGCACAACUCACUGUAAGGUUGGCUCUGUGGUUUCUGUUGGCUGGCUACGUUCCAGGAAAGCUGUGGAUUGGCGCUUGUUUCGCAAUAUUUUCAUGGCAUGGUUUGUCACUGUACCCAUUUCUGGGUUGAUCAGUGCAGCAAUCAUGGCUCUAUUUAAGUAUGUUAUUUUCAUGACAUGAAUGUUGCCAAGUUGAUCUCCUCUGUAAAAUCUCUAGCUUUGUACUCAUGGGAGUUGUAAAGUGGACAGAAGAACCAAGAUGGUUAUUUUGUGUCUGCUAGUAUCUUUCUUGGGUUUUGCCUGUUUAGAGUCUUUGCAUUGUCAUCAAGGUUGUCAAUGUAAUUUCUGUAUGAAUAAUGUCACUUAAACUCUGUAAUUAUGUAAAUAGUGUGUGUGUAUAUGUAUGUGUGUGGGUUCUCCCCAUCUAAAGAUUUCUUUUGUCAUGCUUAUGGAAGGUAUGUAGUAAUACCAGAGUAUUGCCAGUCAUCUUCAUUGUAGCUAAGGGACUGGUCCAGACAGUAUGCCUUAAUGUGUUCAUAGAAGAUGGGCUGUAUGGCCUCAUUAGUCACAAGGUAGAGCUGUAUACCUUUUCAGUUGCAUUUUUACCAUUCAGUUUGUAACCCUGUUUAGAAGAAAGCUUUACCUAGUCUCUCUCUGUUGGACCAAUUAAAAUCCCUGUAUUCUCGUGAAAUUUGACUGUGUUUAGAUGCUGUGUAAAGUACCAAAGAACAACUGCAGUAUUCUACAUUGUCUUCCAAAGUAUUAGGUAAAUGUGUUUAAAAACAAAAUAAAAAAAAAAAAAAAAUUUUUUUUAAAUUUUUAUCUCCCA